GAACCUGCCCUCUGCUCUGGGGCUGACAUGCAGCGUCCUGUGAGCAGAACGAAAACAGCCUCUGCACCCCCUACACCCCUAGAUUAGCGAGUACAGUGGGUGGCUCAUCCCACGGAGUCACUGUUCCCCUCUCUUCCCCUCCCUAAACAGGGGUUUUGUCCCCGUACGGAGUCUGGCAUCGUCUCCCCCUCCCCCCCCAGGCUUAACCCCGGCUCCUACCUCCCCACCCCCAAUUUUUCCCCUUCAGCCCCUCUUCUGCCGCUACCUGCAGUAGCUUGAUCCCCCCCCGGCCAGUAAAUUUCUGCCCCCUGCUCAGACCCUGACAGCCCCCCGCUGCGAUUUGCCCCCCUUAAGCCUUUUAAACCCCUCCAAAGAGGAGGCAGCAAAUGGUGCUUUGCCGGUACCGGCAACACUGGAGCAUUGAGUUACGUUUUCGUCCUGCUUUCCUUGGAGGCAUAAUGAAGGAGACUGGUAACCAGCCCCCAGCAAUGGUGCCAAAACGUGGGGAAUACAUGAUGAAGGAUAUAAAGAGGAUGGCAAAAUAUUACCACGUCCCAAUGCAGAUCCCCAAGGAUUUCUUUGGGAGUGUUAUCAGAAAAGGCAGCCUUUCUGCCAUGCGCUUUAUCACAGCCGUGGAUAUGACACAGCCACAGUUCCUGGAGCCUGUGUCCAGAGAGCUCUGGAUGCGCAUCUGGUUCCGGGAUGAAGAUAUCACCCAACCAGAGAGUAUAUUGGCAGCUGCUGAGGAGGCUGGGCUACCCUCAGCACUGGCCCAGAAGCUACUGGCAAUGACCUCGACCCCUGAGGUGAAGAAUCGUCUGAAGGAGACAACAGAGGAGGCACUGAAAUAUGGGGCAUUUGGAAUGCCAGCAGUUGUGGCCCAUGUUAAUGGUGAAGCUCACCUCUUCUUUGGCUCUGAUCGUUUAGAGCUACUGGGCAAUGUUAUAGGAGAGAAAUGGCUGGGACCAGUUCCUGCAGCUUCAAAACCCAGGAUGUGAGAAAUUCAGCUGCACUAUGAAACAAGAAGAAAAUAAGUGACUAAAAUGUGAAUGAAGCAGUAACGUCCAUGCCUGAGAAGUGGCAUCUAGGGUCCCAGAGGGGAUGGGAGGAGAGCAGUGAUGUUCCCCUGGAAUCCUCUGUCAGGACUCCAGUUCUACUCCAGUCCCCGUGAUAGACUGAGACUGAUUUUUUCACUUUUUUCACAAUACAGAUAGAUUUUUUUCCAGGCAGGAUGGGGACGUGGUGACACUUUGGUGAGUGAAAUGUUAAUACAGGGUCAUGGGCAAUGGCAGAGCUCUGGCUGGCUGAUAAGGGUGAUUGAAAUCUUGUCUCACUUGUGGUCUGCAGUCUGGAAGCGCGCUACUGAGAAUGACUGAAUUUGUUUCACCCUGUGAAGUGUAAAUGCUUGUCAGGUUUUUUGUCUCCGUCUACCCAAAGUGGGCAGUAUUUGGUGAUCAGUGGGAACUGCUAAGGGAACUACAGCUGUAAGUUUUUUAUAUAUGCAAAAACUCCUGCCCUGGCUACAGGAAAUUGUUUUCAGGCUGAGAGCUCAGAGCAGGGUCUGAGUCCUGUCUGUGUCAGUGCCUUGCAGCUCAGCCCAUAUUGCCAGUCCCCUCAUUAUCCCUGCAUUGCCCUGCACUUUGAAUGCCUCUUUGGUUGUCGUAUAAUGUAAUUCUCUCUCUCAUAUUAUCUGAAUCCUGCACUUGGAAUAAAUUUAAUCUGAUUGUUA